AUGUCAACAGAUCGGCUGCUGAAUCUUGCCACCGCUCCCCGCAGCGGCCCGUCUGAGCCCGGGACGCAAAACGGCGCCAAUGAUCGAUUGUUGUCUGGGGAGAGCUCUCCUUCAACCAUCAGGUCUCGUUUUCGGGCCGGCGUCCAAGCAGUCACCGCCGCCCAAAGAGUCGUCUCAGGUCCCUCCAACCCGACCUUCCACAGCUCACCGACGACGAACGAUUCGAGCCAACACCGCUACCAAUGGAGCCACACGGGCCCACUCGAGCCAGGCAUCAACCCCAACCACCCCCAGCCGCAAUUUGCCCAUCUCUCGAACCAGCCGGUCUCCGUGGACGUUGUGGACUAUUCGGACGCACAAGUGCGCUUCCAGUCCUUCGAACCCGCCCUCCCUUCAGAGCUCCACCGGCUCGAACGCGCCGUUGGUGCGCACACUCGACCAUUCACUGCCCAAGCUGCUCCACAGGAGGAGACGUCCAGGCCUCCAUGGGCUGCUGUCCGAUGGAUCAAUGUCAAUGGUCUCAGCUGGGAAGUGAUCAAGCUACUAGCGAUCCAGUACCAACUGCAUCCGCUUGCAGUUGAGGACUGCCUACACACAUCAGCCCGGUCGAAAAGCGAGUACUACAAGCAACACCUCUUCGUACAUGCGGCGGUGCACACCUUAGAAGAACGCUCGGAGUGGCCGGAUUCGCCACCGCCUGCUGAGAAGAACCCAUCUAAACCUGGCCCCGCCUCCGAUCGGCCGCUAGAGAGCGGGACCAUGGAUCCCGAGAUCGACCCGGUCGGGUCCGCCCCCAGCUUGUAUAAGUCCUCCGAUUACACUCACGAACCUUCCGACCAGCCCAUCAUGGACCUUCGCACCGCCACCAACGGACCCCGGGUGCCAGGAAAGGAGGUGUUUGAUGCCGAGCGUGAAGUCGUAAGACAGUUGACCAAGGACUACAAGGUGCGGAUCCAUGUCGAGAAGCUAUCGAUCUUCUUGCUGCGCGACGGGACUCUGAUCACGAUCUUCUCGCACGACGGGUCGAAGAGUGUUCUACCACUCCUGGCCCGCUUGAAGUCGAUGGACACCCUCCUCCGAAGCUCGGCGGAUGGCUCGAUGCUCUUGCAAGCUGUCCUCGACAUCGUCGUCGACCAAGCCCUGGAUGUCGUUGAGGCUUUCCGGUCCAAGCUGACCGGCCUGGAAGCCAAAGUGCUCGUCUCUCCGGACCUCGAUACCGUCCGACACUUGCAUGUUUUGUCUGGCGAGCUCUUGCUCCUCAAGCGGACCCUCAAUCCUCUGUCGACUCUCGUCCAUGGGAUCAUGAACCACGACCCGAGCGAACGGCGGGCGACGAACUACCGCGGCACGCAGCGGUCGUCAGAAUCCGAACGAGGCGGCGGCGAAGAUGUCCGCUCGCUCGAGCCGCAGUCGAGUACAUUCUGCACGGGCUUUCUGUCCUCCCAAGCUAAAAUUUAUAUGUCUGAUGUCCUGGACCACAUCGACAGUGUUUUGAGCUCGCUUGAAUUAUUCAGUGGCUUAGCAUCCAACCUGGUCGAUUUCACAUUCAAUACGAUGAGCUUCUCGACGAACGAGUCGAUGCGCCAGCUCAGUAUUGUCACGAUCAUCUUCCUACCCUUAACUUUCCUUACGGGGUACUUCGGCAUGAACUUUGUGAAGUUUGAUGCGAUCCAAAAGUCAGAUGCCUUUUUUUGGUUUCUAGCUUUGCCCAUCACUACCGUUCUAGUGCUUGUGUUCACCUGCCAGGGAGUCAAGCGGAAGAUUCAAGUGAAAUCGGCGGCGUUCAAAGUCCAACUUCAGAAAUAG